AUGUCCAGCAUCCCCGCGACGUUCAAGGCCUACCAGUUCGCUAACUACAGUGACGCACUCACUGAGACCAAGCUGAACUCGGCAGUCCAGCAGAAGCCUCUGGAGCCCAACCAUGUUCGCAUUAAGGUGCUGAGUGCUGCUGUGAAUCCGCUCGACUACAAGCUACACUACUUCGGAUCUCUCGCCAUUGCGGUUGGACCCACACCUGAGAAGCCUCUGGGUAUGGGCAUGGACUUGUCGGGCAUCAUCGUUGAGGUCGGCAGUGGCAACGUGCGUGGCUUUAAGGUCGGUGACGCUGUCUUCGGCUCGGCGGAUAUGCAGUGCAUGGGAAGCUUCGCAGAGUACAUUACGCUCGAGGCGGACCACAUCGUCCACAAACCGAGCAACAUCACGGUGAAUGAAGCAGCAGGCGUGUCGAUUGCUGGCCUUGCUAGCUACCAGGGACUGGUUAACCGUGCAAAGGUGCAGGCAGGACAGCGUGUCCUCAUUCUGGGCGGUGGUAGUGCCGUCGGACAGUCUGGUAUCCAGAUUGCCAAAGCUUUCGGGGCUGAAGUCAUCACUACAGCGAGUCCUCGUAACAAGGAGCUGGUUAAAUCUCUGGGAGCUGACCAGGUGAUCGACUACACCUCAGAGAAGUGGGUCGACGCUCUCGCUGAGCACUCCGUGGACAUUAUUUACGACUGCGCCGUCGAAUCCGAGACGUGGUCCACUGACGCCCAGAAGAUCCUGAAGAAGAACAGCGGCCAGUUCUUGACCAUCGGCAUGGUUCAAAACCAAGCGGACUCGCCGAUUGGCGCGAAGUUGGUUCAGUAUUACUGUCAUCCGAUUGCUGAGGACUUGGAAGGUCUCCGCAAGCUGAUCGAGGCCGGUAAACUUAAAACUACCAUUGACUCGGUCUACCCGUUCGACAAGUUGCUGGAUGCUAUCAAGCACCAAAUGUCUGGUCGCGCCCAAGGCAAGAUCAUCAUUGAAAUUGCGAAGGAAUAA